GGGGUGAGGAGGAAGGUCAUGCUGUUAGUCGAAUGUAAAUGUUUGAUAAGCUGCUUUAAAAUGCGAUUAUGUUUCUUAUUUUUAGUCAAGUACUGUAACUGACUAGUACUUCUGAGUAGAAGUAGCUGAUGGUGGUAUAAACAAUUAAUUUCAAAAAUUUCAUCAACUAGAUAGAUCUUAAUGUAAUAGCUUUUGAAUUCUCAAGGAUUCAUGUUACCAGUGUUGAACAAAGUGUUCUGGGUUAUGAGUUUCAUUGUCCAUGUCUUCAGUGACAGGUUGUUUUGAGUCAAAGCAAGCUUCUCCCUUUUCAGGCACAAAUGAUGCAGAACCUCAGUAAACUUUGAAUAAGAAAACACCCUUUUAUAAUUUGUAGGAGAAAGGGAAUUAAAUUAAGGACCAGAUCAUGAAGCUUGCUUAUCAAGUCUGAGCAGUUGACAGCAAAAAUUUUAAAUUGUGUGUAUGCAGUAUUCAUUUUCCUUAGUUUGGAUUCAUCAGAGUAUAAGAGUUCAGCUUUAAAGUUUAGAUGCAUGGCAGUGGUAAAUUAAUGAAAUGUAGCUUCAGCUGGUAUCACAUAGACCCUAUUGUCUGGGUCAGAGAAAGCUGGAAAAACUUGCAGCUUGGCUUCCAUGUGACAGUGCUGCCUCUUGCUGCCCUUUUAAACUUCACACCAAGUUGAUCUUGCCUGCUUUCACCUACUCCUGUUCCAUUUUCUCUAGUCAUAGAGGGUGAAAAUUAUUUAGUCACAGAAGCAGGACAGAGGUACUAAGACCUUCAACACAAACUGGGCACAGCUUUUAAUUCUGUACAGAUUAAUACUUUGAUCUAUACUAAAUGCUUUUUGAAGGACAGUAAAUGGAAUGGGAAGUACAGUCUUUCUGGAGUCAGUGAUCUGGCCGGGAGGGUGGAGAUGAUCAAAGGGCUGGAGCUGCUCUGGGAGCCACGUGCUUCACCAGUCGCUCAGUUCAGAUGGCUUGUUAUUGCAGUUGGUCUAGUUCGAGCAUACCUGGCUAAAGGUAGCUACCAUAGCCUUUAUUAUUCAAUAGAAAAGCCCCUGAAAUUCUUCCAAACUGGAGCUUUGCUUGAGAUUCUGCACUGUGCAUUUGGCAUUGUUCCUUCUUCUGUUGUUCUGACUGCUUUCCAAGUGAUGUCAAGGGUCUUCCUGACGUGGGCAGUAACACAUAGUGUAAAAGAGGUACAAACUGAAGAUAGCGUCCUGUUGUUUGUAGUGGCCUGGACAAUCACUGAGAUAAUCCGUUAUUCUUUUUAUACAUUUAGCUUGUUAAACCAUCUCCCUUAUCUCAUCAAAUGGGCCAGGUACACUUUGUUUAUAGUAUUGUAUCCAAUGGGAGUUUCAGGCGAAUUACUCACAAUAUAUGCUGCAUUACCCUUCGUCAGGCAGUCUGGCUUGUAUUCCAUUAGUUUACCCAACAAGUACAAUUUUUCUUUUGACUACUAUACAUUCCUGAUCCUGGUUAUGAUCUCUUACAUUCCAAUCUUUCCUCAGCUGUAUUUUCAUAUGCUACAUCAGAGGCGAAAGGUACUCUCCCACACUGAAGAACACAAGAAGUCGGAGUAAUUCCAACUCUUUUUCAGAACUUUUCAAACAUCAGAAUGCUGCAGAUUUUCAAUACCCAGCACAUUUGUAAAGAAUAUACCAAGAUAAAAUGUCAGAGGUAAAAGACCAAUAAUUUAGCAAGAAUAACCAAUAAUUCUGAUUUCACUGAAAUUCCACGAUGUAAAACAUUGAAAUAAGUUUCAGCUUGCAGUGCGUCAGAAAACUUUUGAACUUUAUAUGGCUUGGCAGUUAGCCUUUUCCUUAAAUGAUGUGCUAAAUGGUUUUCAUUUAUUUCUAAAUGCCUGGAGGUUGCAGUUCAAGUGAUGAAGUUGUACCCACUAAAUGCUUGAAUUGGGAUUAUAUUACUGAUAACUUUUUAAAGUGCUUGACUGCAUGCCAGAAACUGUAUGUAUUGCUGUGAAAGCAAACAGUAUGCCUGGAAUAUUUCAGGAUUUUGUCAGAGACUCCAGUGGAGAAUGUAAUCUGGGCAAAGUGGUGAAUUUAGAAAGGUAGGUUAUGUAUUUAAAAGGUGAUGGGAACAAGAACAGGAAACCAAUUAUGGGAAAUGAGGGGAAUGUAGUUCUUUAGGAAUUUAAACAGUAGAGUAUCUGACCUGUUCAGAGAGUGUGUUCUCUGAAGAUCUUGUUUAAACUGAUUACUCAAAUGCUAAUGUUAAUUCAGAGGCGAUAAUGCUUAUCUGAAAUACUAAAACUCCUUUAAGUGCUGCAUCCCUUGAUACUUUUUAAAAUAUUUAAAAAAGAAUAAAUAAUACUAACUGUAAUACUUCUAGUGAUAUCAGUAAUGAAUCUAAAGAAUAUAAGGAGGCAGGUCACCCAGGAACAGGUGCAGUUCUCACUUUUUUACUUUAAAUUAUCAUCUCUAAUCACUGUCCACUAUCUCAGUGGUACUCAUCUUUGAGUGUUGAGGACUCUGAUCUACUGUGGAAUCAUUUUGAAGGCCUUGUUCCUCAGGACAACUUUUAGAAGUGACUAAUGUGUAUCACUCUGGCAUAUCCAAGCAGGCAGUUCCAGACACUCAGUUUCUGAAAUGUUGCAAAGUCAUAAACUCCUUCUUUGAAAGCAGAUUAUCUCAUGUGUUACAUGCUGCUUUUGCAGAUUGGACGAGCCUUCCCUCAUCUGCUUUUUUAAGAGAGCAGAAGACCACAGAAAGUUAAUUUUUUCUAGGUGCUUCCUUUGGGUUCUCAGGCUUCCCUUGGGAAGGUAAAACAGAAAAUGAAAGAACUGAGAAAACCUUGUGGUGAGGCAGAAAGCACUAAUGCUUUGUGAGCAGUGCCCCAAGUUAUGAACAAACUGUUGAUUGUGGGCAAGGGGUGAGGAAUGGAGCAGGGAAAUGAACAGGUACCCAAGUAAAGGCAAAAGGAAAUAUAGGUUAUGGCCUUUGCUCUGUUAGGACUAUUCCACUAUUGAUUCCUAUCUUUACCCAGUCAGAGCCAGUAGACACCACAAGGGCUUCUCUGGCUUCCCUCUUGUAACAUUGUGAUUUAGUGCAUAAAUGUGCACUAUCAUGGUACCUGCAAUACUAGUGUGGUGCUGUGCCUGCCAGCACCUCCCCCUGGACAGGGCCCAUAUCUGUGUCCAGUUACCCAUGCUUGAUGCAUUGCAGCUCUCCCUGAAUGUAGCCAGUAAGUACUAAGGCCACAGGCUCUCUGUUCAGCCACUUGGAGAGCUGGAUUUACAAUUUGUUUAUGCUUGUCAGAGCUAUAUUAAAAACAAAC